AUGAAUUUUCAAUUAAUGAAUGUUCAAAAUGAACACAGGGAACCUGUUUAUGAUGAAGAUUAUAGAUUUCCAUAUAGAUUACCUCAAAGAGUUGUUAGAAAUCAGUAUAAUAGAAUGCCAUGGUCAAUGGAUUUACAUAGUACCUAUAGAUGGAUUACAAGUAUGGUUGUGUUACAAGAGAAUGAUGAUAAUGAACGUUGUAGUUGUGGACAUGCUAAAAGUUGUGGUUAUGGUCAUAAUCGGAAUGGUCAUAAUCAAAAUGGUCAUCAGAAUGGUUCGACCCAUGCAUCUCACCAUGAGAUUGGUACAUGUUGGACAUUACCAAAGAAACUUGGUGGUAUUGAUCAUCAUGCAGCAGGACCAAGAAUAUCAUUCAGAGGUGAAAAAGUGUUGGUUGCAACACUUGUCUAUCUCUACUUUCAUCCAGGUGAACCUAUCCUUGCCAAACAUAGUGUACAACAUAUCUGUGGUUCCAAAGAUUGUAUUAGACCAGGUCACUUAAUUGAAAAAUUGACAAAGAAACAAAAGAUUAAACUCAAACACCAACAAGAUGAUGAAAAAGAUGAAGAUGAUGAAGAAGAUGAAUCACAAUCUGAAUAA